GUGCCAGCAGCACCGUGUAUCCUACGUUCUCCCACGUAACGCAAUCCUUCCCGCCCCUUCUCCUCUUCUAUCAUCAACUAUUCAACUAUUCAACUUCUUCUUCUUCUUCUUCUUCUUCUGUGAUGUCUAGGGUUUUUAUUUGAGUCAUUUCUGGUCUUGCGGGGUUCGCCUUCAAUUCGCCGACUUCUCAUUCUCAGAGCUUUGCUUUAAAGCAAAUUCUUACUACUGUUUCUGUGAAUUUGCUGUCAGUUCAAGCUUCUACGGUCCUCAUCUUCACUCUCUCUUUACUGUUUCAGUUGAAGAAUGGCUGAGCAAACAGGAGCAUCUCCUCCAGCUGCUUCUUUUGAGUAUGAACUGUUUGAAGGAGAUCCUGACCAUCUCAGGACUGUUGUGGCUACAUCAACUCAGAUUAGCCCCUGGAUUGAGCCUGCAUCAUUGAAACUUAAGCACAGAAUAGGGAGAGGCUCCUUUGGUGAUGUUUGGUUGGCAACUCAUCAUCAGUCAUCUGAUGAUUAUGAUGAGUAUCAUGAAAUAGCUGUUAAGAUGUUGCAGCCAAUGAAGGAGAAUCACAUGCAAGCUUUUUUGGAUAAGUUGGACAGCUUAUUUUUAAAGCUCCGAGAACUCCAAGGUGUCUGCUGGUUGCAUGGGGUCUCAAUUAAAAGUGGAAAGGUCUGCAUUGCUAUGAAAAUCUAUGAGGGAUCAUUGGGUGAUCAUAUGGCUCAUCUCAAAGGAGGGAAGCUUCCACUGCCUGAUGUUUUAAGGUAUGGGAUCCAAUUGGCAAAAGGAAUUCUGGAGUUGCACUCAAUAGGUGUCCUGGUGCUGAAUCUCAAGCCUUCUAAUUUCCUUCUGAAUGAACAUGACCAAGCAAUCCUUGGAGAGUUUGGAGUUCCAUAUCUUUUUCUGGGGAUUCCAUUACCCGAUUUAGACAUGGUUGUGAGACUUGGAACCCCAAAUUACAUGGCUCCAGAACAAUGGGAACCAGAAGUAAGAGGUCCAAUAUCCUUUGAGACAGAUACAUGGGGAUUUGGUUGCAGCAUUGUGGAGAUGUUAACUGGCAUUCAGCCUUGGUUUGGAAGAUCAAUUGAAGAAAUGUACCAGUCAGUUGUAAUAAAGCAGGAGAAGCCAGAUGUCCCAAGCGGAUUGCCUCCUGCUGUUGAGAACGUUCUUAAUGGUUGCUUUGAAUAUGACUUGCGAAAUCGACCCUUAUUAGCAGAUUUCUUGCAAGCUUUUGAAAGCUCGCAGAGUGCUGUUUACAGUGAUGGGGGAUGGAUUGGCCUAGGAAGUAUAACAGUUACAGGAAGAGUAAAUAGCAGGGGCUAUACUGCAUGGUUCCUUGCUAAGGAUCACCUCCAAGUAGGUGACACUGUUCGUUCAAGAAAGCCCUUAAAUGCAUGCAUACCAGAAACCAUGGAUGUCCUGGAAGGGACUGUUGUUGGUUUGGAGAGUGACACCGAUCGUGAUGGUUUUGUUCUGGUGAGAAUCCAUGGAAUGGGGAACCCUCUAAGAGUACAAGUAACAACUCUUGAGAGGGUUACAUGUGGCUUGGCUGUGGGGGACUGGGUAUACUUGGAGGAGGAAAACACCAAACACUCAUCUGUGGGUGUCCUACAUUCUGUGCAGCGUGAUGGAAGCGUAACUGUUGGAUUUAUAGGGUUACAAACUCUCUGGAGAGGAUUUUCUUCUGAGCUUAAAAUGUAUGAACCUCUUUUUGUGGGACAGUUUGUGAGGUUAAAGGCAAAUGUCUCUACUCCUCGGUUUGAGUGGCCUCACAGAAGGGGAGGGUCAUGGGCCACUGGAAGGAUUUCUCAAAUACUUCCAAAUGGGUGUCUUAUUGUGAAGUUUCCUGGGAGACUUGUUUUCAGAGAUGAACCCAACUGCUUCUUGGCUGAUCCAGCUGAAGUCGAACUAGUAUCUUUCGAUACUUGCACUGGGGUGGUGGAGAAAUACCAACAUAUUGAGGACUUUCACUGGGCUGUGAGACCACUUGUAAUAGCAGUUGGUGUCAUUACAGCCAUGAAAUUCGGCUUCUUUGUUGGGCGAAAUGUAAGCGCAAAACUGAAGCCUCAGAGAAUUCUUACGCGUGGUGAUGACCAUUAUCAAGAUGGCCAGGCCGGUGGUAAUCAGGCAUGGCUUCCACCGCCAGUUGCAAAUAUCCUUUUCAGAGAAGGUGCUUCCACUGCUGCUGCUGCUAGGUAACUGGUCACUUUCAAUUUGGCCAUUGUAAGUAAGUUCUCUUAAGAACCACAGAUCCAAAAUAGCAAUGAACUACAAGACUCAUCUAUACCCAAAUACACUUGUAAACCUUGCUUGUAUUGAGCUGAACCAGAACCACCAUGAAGUAGGCAUCUAAUGCUGAAAUGGAUCAUGGUAAGCUGUGUAUAAUUAUCAGACAAUGGUGUACAUAUUUUACGGACAUAGGAACUGUUUUAUUGAAGUUGUAUGUUUCCUUGUA